AUGAAUCAACAGAAGCCACUUGCUCACAAAGCCUCUGAGAUGCAUGUGUGGUGCACUUCGUUAUAUACGGACGUCAUUUGGAACACAGCCCAUGUAGUCGCUGCCCAAAGCGGAAGUAGGCUAAGAAGAAUUAGAGUAAACAUGGCGGCUUCAGUGAGCUGCAGAAGGAGAGAAACAAGACCACUUUCGCGAAUAAAUUCCUUCUCCAUUUUGUAUCCAGUCGUCGUAUUGUACUGUUUGGCGGUGUUGCCUGUCACAGCCAAGCCGGACAACCUGAGAGUGAUCACGGACACGGACUGGGAGGACAUUCUGACGGGUGAAUGGAUGAUAGAAUUUUAUGCUCCAUGGUGUCCAGCUUGCCAGCAGCUGCAGCCUCUGUGGAAUGAAUUUGCAGACUGGAGUGAGGACAUUGGGGUCAACAUUGCUAAAGUGGAUGUAACUGAGCAGCCUGGAUUGAGUGGCAGGUUUAUCAUCACAGCUCUUCCAACCAUAUACCACUGUAAAGAUGGAGUGUUUCGGAGGUACCAAGGUGCACGUACUAAAGAAGACUUCCUGAGCUUCAUUGAUGAGAAGAAAUGGCAGAGUAUUGAGCCAAUUUCCUCUUGGUUUGGCCCUUCCUCUUUCAUGAUGAACAUGAUGUCUGCUCUCUUUAAGCUGUCCAUGUUUAUCAGGCAAUGCCAUACCUACCUAACAGAGCAUGUCGGAAUUCCAGUCUGGGGUUCUUAUGUCAUUUUUGGCUUAGCAACCCUCUUCUGUGGACUCACCCUUGGACUGGUGCUGGUGUUUUUUGCUGAUUAUGUAUUUCCAUCACGCCGCUUUUCUUCUUCAGCUUCCUAUCAGAAGAAGCAUGCUAUGGAACAGGCUCGCCUUCGGCAGCAGUUGGAGGAAGAGCAGGAGGAGGCUGAUGGUGAGGAAGAGGAGGAUGAGGAUGAAUAUGUUGGGAGUGUGGAGGAAUGGAGCAGAGAAGUUGAGAAUGAGGACAAUGUUAGGAAGAGAGCAGUGGGAGGAGGUGAGGAGGAGGACACCUAGAGAACUGGAGAGGAAAUGUGAAUUACAACACCAGACCAACCAAAUCGCUAUGGAAACGCAUGCCCACGCCAACAUGGCAGGCCACCUAAUGACAUCACUGAUGUCAGAGCUCUCACUGUGUGUUGCCCUGUAUUCCUCCCUUCAGUUCCUCAGCUCCACCUUCUUUUCCUUUUGUGUGAGAGAGAAAGAAGGGAAGGACGCUGAAAGAAAUAUGGGAGUAGAAGUGUCAGGCAGGGGCCAGGACAUAACAAUGUAUGAAAUUUUGUUGUUUAUGAGAUGAACUUUUAUUGCCUGCCUAACUUUCAGCUGAACUAAUACUUACCUGCUUGAGCAGAGAUGUCCAUUGGAGAAUACAAAAACUUAACAUGUUUGGAUUAACUACUUUUUUUUGCUGCUUUGUUAAUAUUUUAUUACAUUUCUGAGUUUUUAUGUCAGAUACUUUAUUGAGUUUUUCAUAUCCGAAAUUUCUAGUAAUUCAUUCACAUUAACUUUUUGUUGCUCUUUACGGAUAAAGAUUUGCCAGAAGUUUUCACUCUAUUUUUGCUUAUGUAAAAGUUUCAUGUGAUGACUGAUUUGAGGUUUCAGCUGUUUCAUUAAAGUGGAUUUAAUGAAACUUUGUGAUGAACAUCAAUACCUCAGUUUAGAGACUUGUGGUGGUUCAUCAGUUAAAGCGUUAGUGUGCUGUUCCCCAGGAAAUAUCCCAUGUUACUGUACAAAUAAAGUUUGCCAUUUCCAUGA